AUGAAUGUACCGAUAAUGAUCGCUCAAACGUGUAACAAUAUAUUACGGGACGCGUACGCACAAACAAAUUGGUCAAGUGGUGAAGGAAUUCUCGCGAUUGCCAUACGGUCGACAAGGACAGAUAAGGUAGGCUGCUCGUACAAGCAUUCGAUGCGUGCGAAAUACGAGAGGCCCAGUGCAAUCAGGCGUUUGAUAUCACAAACUGUUGGCGAAGCGAAUCACAUCUGGGAUGUGGAAGAUCUUGUUGAAGCAUUGCGAUGCUCCACUCCUCCUCUUUGCCCGUACUUUUCCAGUGCUCGAGUGCUUAUUGAUGAUGCUGACAUUGUAUUUUGUCCAUUCACUUAUCUCAUUGAUCCAAUUAUUCGUGCCAGUGCAGGUCUGAGCUUAAAGAAUACGAUCGUUAUCCUCGACGAGGCGCAUAAUGUGGAAGACAUAUGCCGAGAGGCUGUCAGUUUUUCAUUUUCUGAGCGUGAAUUAGUCGGAGCUGCAGCUGAAUUCUGCCAGAAAGCAGCUAUUCUUGAUAAAGAGCUCACAAAAGUGACUGCUAAAUCUGUAGCUGAAGAAGGACUGCAUGCUGAGACGGAAAGCACUCGAACAGGACGAUAUCAGGAAUGCUUGGAAGAGAUCAAAGGCCACUUUAAAACGGUGAUAAAUUUUAUGAACAAAAUCUUGGACUGGUUUGUGAGCGUCUCGACGAAUACGCUGCAAAUGGACGCGAUGAAGAACGAUCGAUCAGCCUACACAUAUACAUGGGAGAAGCUUUUUAUGACAUUCAGCAGCAAUGAACUGGAUAAAUUUGACAAGACUAGCAAAGGGACCCCAUACUCUGGACUGCUCGAAGCAUAUGCGGCGAUUGCAGGUGCUGGAAAUGACGGUGAAUUUCAGUCAUACCUGCAAGAAUACACACCAACUGCCACCUCACUGUCUUGCCUGGAAAAAUUCCUCUACUUUUUCAAGUCAUAUUUUCAAGAUGAUAAUCGUACUGCAUAUAAGUUAUUUGUAUGUGUGGAUAAGCCAUUCGUGUCGUAUUCACGCGCCAAUGUCUUGGAGACAACUGCGAGCUCCAUGUCCAAUAAUGAGGUGCUAGAUAUGAGCUGCUACGACAAUGUUAAAGAAGUGUGGUUGGAUUCGAGGUCGCGAUUGAAAGGUUAUCGCGAAGUAAAGUAUGGCUAUCGCGCAUACAUAAGUGCAUUCAAAGGAUGCCGGAGUGUUAUUCUCGCUUCUGGUACUCUUUCUCCAAUGGCUACGUUCCGCACCGAACUUGGCACUGAUUUUCAUCAGGAAAUGAUUGGAAAUCAAAUUAUACCUAAAGAGCAAAUUUUUGCCGCUGUUGUUCCAGCUCUGGUCCUCAAAGAACCACGGCGCUCCUCAGCGAUGAACACUGUUAUGGUGCAGUAUGAAGAUGCUGUUAGUAGACCGGUGAAAUUUGGUGCUUAUUGUACUGGAGCGUUAAUGUUGGCUGUAUUCAGGGGCAAGGUCGCUAUGGCAGCUGUUGCAGAUCUGGCUGCUUGA